AAUUUUGUUUGUGUGUAUAUAUUGUAGAGAAUAUAAAGAAAAUGGUUUCAUCAUCUGUUUUUGGUGUGUAGGAUUGGAUCUGGUGAUGAAAGAAACACUAAGAUACUUGGCAGGAAUUGCAGGCCCAAGUGGCUAUGGCUCCAAAUCAACUGCCGAGCAAGUCACUGCAAAUUGUUCUUCUUCUCAUCAUCUAACAGCCAUAAUCACUGGUGGGACAUCUGGUAUUGGAGCUGAGACAGCUAGAGUUUUGGCAAAGAGAGGAGUGAGAGUAGUGAUUCCAGCCAGGGAUUUGAUUAGGGCAGCUGAAGUGAAAGAGGGAAUUGAAAGAGAGAAUCCAAAGGCUGAGGUUAUAGUUUUGGAGAUUGAUCUUAGCUCUUUUGCUUCUGUGAAGAGAUUUUGCUCUGACUUCCUUGCUCUAGGAUUACCACUCAAUAUUCUCAUAAAUAAUGCUGGGAUUUUUUCUCAAACACUGGAAUACUCUGAAGACAAAAUUGAGAUGACAUUUGCUACAAACUACUUGGGACAUUAUCUAUUAACAGAAAUGUUACUCGAAAAGAUGGUGGAAACAGCAGCUCAAACUGGUGUCCAAGGAAGAAUAAUAAAUGUCUCAUCUGUGAUCCACAGCUGGGUUAAGAAAGAGCAUUUUCGUUUCAAUGACUUGCUUACUCCAAAAAGUUACAAUGGAACUCGUGCAUAUUCACAAUCAAAGUUAGCUUCCAUAUUACAUGCCAAGGAAAUAGCAAGACAGCUUAAGACAAGAAAUGCAAGAGUAACCAUCAAUGCAGUACACCCCGGAAUAGUGAAGACUGGGAUUAUAAGAGCUCACAAGAGUUUUAUCACUGAUUCUGUAUUUUUCAUGGCUUCAAAGCUGUUAAAAUCAGUAUCUCAGGGUGCAUCAACUACUUGCUAUGUUGCUUUGAGUCCUCAAACAGAAGGUGUAAGUGGAAAGUACUUUGUAGAUUGCAACGAGAGUAGCUGCUCACCUCUAGCCAAUGAUGAAUCCGAAGCACAUAAGUUGUGGAAGCAAACUCGAGCUUUACUACGCAGACGAUUAUGUCAUUUAAAACUCUAAAACACGUAUCAUUUUACAGCAGCCAAUCAAGCCAAGCCAUGUAUAUAAAGCUUAUUUAUUGUUCAUGCCACGAAUGGCUCACUACACAAGCCUUUAAUAGAUUAUUUUAAAAGUACAUGAUGAAAAUUGAAAAUAAUAAUAAUGGUAAUAACAAAACAAGGGACUCCAAAUAUUUUCCCCACCCUUCUAGAUUCCUAAAAACAUCCCCAUUUCAUUCUCGUCUCGAGGCUGUAAUUCUUCUUUUUUUUUUUUUAAUGAUACUUCUAUAAAUAAAAUCAUUUUCUUUUUUAAUGGUACCUUUGUUGUAAAAAAGAAUUACAAUUUGGUUCAAUAAUGUAAAACCAACAUGAGGAGCUGCCAAGUGCACACUACACUAGGGUGUGCAUCAUCCUGUAUCGUUUUUUGUGUAUUAAUAAAUCUCCCAUAAUUAUAUUUUUAAAUUUAUUUAACUCAAAUUAUAUGAAA